CUUGUACAAGCCCUACACUUCCAUUAUCAAAGAACGGUGGCAUAGAACUCUACGAACGGGUAUUCAUGUCUUGGCAUAUUGGUUGAAUCCGGCAUUUCAAUUUCAUGAGCACAACUUGUGCCAAAAAUUAGAAGUUCAACGGGGCAUACUUGAUGUGAUUGAGCAACAAACAUUGUUUAAAGCAAGUGACUUAAUGGAAGAGAUGAAAAUAUUUAGGGAAAGGCAAAAAACUUUUGCUCGACCACUUGCUUUAAGCACUAGCAAGACUACAACUCCCGAUGAAUGGUGGAAAUUCUUUGGUUGUGAUGUUCCUAAUUUGCAAAAGUUGGCUAUUAGAAUUCUUAGUCAAACGGCUUCUUCUUUCGGAUGCGAACAUAAUUGGAGUGUAUUCGAACGUAUACAUACCAAGAAAAGAAAUAGGUUGGAGCAUCAAAGGCUUAAUGACUUGGUUUAUGUUCAUUACAAUUUACGGUUGCAACAUAGGUUGGCUUCAAAAAAAAAGUCUUUAUGAUCCAAUUGAUUAUGAAUGCAUUGAUAAAACGGAAUUUUGGGUGGUGGAAGAGGAGGUUGAAGGAGAACUUGCCUUUGAUGAGUUAGAGUCUAUGUUGGAGGAGCAACCAAGAAUUAGUGAAGAAUCAACCAACUUUUCUAAAGGUAUUGAAGAUGACAUGGUUACCGUUGAGGAGGAUGAUAAUGCAAUGAUUGAUGUUGGAAGAAUGACUAGCAAUGAUUUAGAUGAAGAAGAUUGGCUCACAUCUCCUCCAAAAAAUUAAAUUGAAAUGUUUUGAUAUGUUUAGUUAUGUUAUAUAUUGUUGGAUCGGUGGCUUUUACUUUGAUGUUUCUCAAAACAUUAUUAUGUACUUUUGUUAUGUUUUGGUAUGUGAUAUGAUGUUGCAUUGUUG